AUGGCCAACUACAAAAGCCCUCCUGCAAAAAUAAUCUCAAUCAAGGACCUCGAAAACGCUGCUCUUCCACGUGCUUCCAAAUCUGUCCGUGAAUACUGGGCCGGUGGUGCUUCCGAGGAAAAAACACUUGCCGAAAAUUCCUCUGUUUUUGAUGAAUACCGUAUUCGUACCCGUGUAAUGGUUGACGUUUCCCAAAUUGAUACCUCUGCCACUCUUUUUGGCAGAAAAUAUAGACUACCAAUUGGAUUUGCACCAUCUGCAUUCCACCAAUUGGCCACAGAUGAUGGUGAAGUGGCCACAGCAAGAGCUGCAAAAGCUCACAAUUGGGCUAUGGGAUUGUCUUCUUAUUCCACAAAACCUCUUGAAGAUGUCAAAUUAGCUGGCGGCGACUCUGCUCAGGUUCUCCAGCUUUAUGUGUUUCAAAACAGGAAAACAACUGAAGACCUUGUUCGUCGAGCUGAAAAGGCAGGAUAUAAGGCUAUUGCAUUGACUGUAGAUACUCCGGUCAUUGGAAUCCGCCCAGCAGAUAUUUACAAUGAUUUCAAGCUCCCCCCACAUGUCAAGCUUGGCAAUUUUGGUGCAGACCAAGGCCCCAUUGAUAACCCAACUUCCCCUCAAAGUGAGACUCGUGAUGCUGUCACAGAUGAAUCCAAGCGUGAAGAUUUGAAAAACACAAACACAUUGGAUCCCUCUCUAACUUGGGAAGAAACUAUUCCUUGGCUCCGCUCAAUAACCUCUAUGCAAAUCUGGGCAAAGGGCGUGGCAACUGCUGAAGAUACCGAAGCUGCUAUUGCAGCUGGAGUUGAUGUGGUGUGGGUGUCAAAUCAUGGUGGCAGACAACUUGAUUCGACGCUGGCAACAUUGGAUUCACUGCCGGAGGUUGUUGCAGCUGCCAGGGGCCGUGUCCCUGUUCACUUUGAUGGCGGUGUGCGCCGUGCGUCUGAUGUAUUUAAAGCUUUGGCUUUAGGAGCUGAUUUUGUAUGGGUUGGUCGCCCUGUUCUUUAUGGUUUGUUGUAUGAUGGUCAAAAUGGUGUAGAGUUAAUGCAGACCAUUUUUGAGACAGAGCUAGCCAACAUUAUGAUGUUUGCUGGAACCACCAGCAUUAAGGAGAUUGAUAGUCGGCGGCUUGUACGCAAGGGUCUUCGUAUUGAAAAGCUUUAG